AGGUAAGACUGAAUUUUCCCUCACAAUUUAAAAGAGGGGGACAACUGUUCCUUGGUUAUUGAUGCUCUUCUGUAACUUCAAUUGAGGAAGAAGAAUGAUGUGAAUAAAUCAGUCAUGAAUCUAAGGUUCACUGAAUAUAGUAAUUUAAAUAUUGCACAACAUCCAAUAAUAAAUCAUACAUUUUUCUGGUUCUAUAUUUUUGGCUACAGUGAGAAGACUAUAAUAUUGAGGAACAUUGUCAAAUUUCUAGAAGACUUAAAAGUUUCUGAAGAUAAGGUUUGUCUGAGUAGCCCUGGAUGUUCUGAAAGUUGCACUGAAGACCAGGCUGGCUUCAAAAUCAGAGAUUCACCUGAUUCUUGCUCCUACAUGCUGGGAUUAAAGGAUGCAGUGACCUAUAAUGAUGUGCAUGUCAACUUCACUCAGGAAGAGUGGGCUUUGCUGGAUCCUUCCCAGAAGAAUCUCUACAGAGAUGUGAUGCUGGAGACCUAUAUGAACCUCACUGAUAUAGGCUACAAUUGGGAAGAUCAUAAAGUUGAAGAGCACUGUCAAAGUUAUCAAAGAUAUGGAAGGUAAUUUUCAUGUGCAAGCUGAUACAAAUGCGCCUCUGGAGAUAUUUUAAUGUAUCUAGAAGUUUUAAAGAAAAGUACCAGUAGCAGCUUAAAUUUGCAUUGAUGAUUCUUAAAUGCUCACAAACCCAUAUACCUCAAUGACAGGUAAGUGAAUUGUGUUUGCAAGUCAUUCUUUUAAGAAGGAAGACAAGGAAUCAAUGCCUUAACAUAUAUCACCAUUUGAAUCAUAGCUCCAUCAGAGCUAGCUGUGCUGUAGAACUGCCAAUCCAUUUAGUUUCAUACCACUCAUAUUACAAAAGGUAUACAUGUUGACUAUGUGAUAAGUGUAUGUCUAAAACCUUCUAAUAAACAAAUAGUCCAUAGUAAAACCAGUGUUAUUCAUAGUGGUUCUAUCAUUGCUAAGUUUAGUGAGAUGGGCAGUUAGAGUCAAGAGUUAAGUGAGAGUUGUUGUGAAGAAACCUUAAUCCCUAUACCAGAAACAGAAAGUCAAACUGUGUGAAUGCAAUGUAGAAACCUUUUAUUUGUUAUUCUUCCUUAAUAGGUACAUCAUAUGUUACUCUGGAUACAAGUCAUAUAAGCAUAGGUGUAGACACAUUUCUAAAUGGUCUUAUUAAAUAAAAAGCAUGGAGCCAGAUACAGGGGUGAAAGCCUGAGAGAGAUCAGGGAAAUAGG